AUGGUGCUAACCUCAAUUCUGUUUCUGCGGCAGAGCCAUCUGACAGCCACGCUUGUGACGUCCAUCCUGGGAGCGGUGAUCGGCUCCCUGCAGAUUGGUUACCACACUGGCAACAUCAACGCUCCGGCCAAGAUUAUCGAAGAGUUUUUCAACAAUACCUGGAGAGCCAGACACAACCGAUCAAUCUCAGAUCACAGUCUUACUUUCUUGUGGUCACUCUCUGUCAGCAUUAAAGAUUUUGGAGCCUUACUGGGCUCGCUGGGAGUCAAAUAUUUGGCAGAUUCUUACGGCAGGCGUAACUCCAUCCUGAUAGUUAACGGUUUGUCUGUGGUCGGAGCAUGUUUGAUGUUUGCCUCCAAAGCCAGCGAGUCAUUUGAGGUACUCAUCCUAGGGCGACUGGUUUUUGGUCUGUUCUGUGGCCUGGUGAUGAGCCUUAACCCCCUCUAUAUCCAGGAAGUUUCCCCCACCAACCUCAGAGGAGCAUUUGCUACACUGAACCAGGUGUCUUUCGCUGCAGGCAUCCUGGUGGGUGUGGUGGCUGGUCUCGAGAUAGUGUUGGGCACAAAGCAUGACUGGGCCAUGAUGCUGUCCCUGUCUCUCAUCCCGGCCCUCACACAGUAUGUGAUCCUACCCUUCUGUCCUGAGAGUCCCCGCUAUCUGCUCAUCAACCGGCAAGAAGAAAUCAAGGCCAAAAGUGCCCUGCUGAGGCUGAGAGGCAGAGCAGAAAAUGUAUUUGCUGAGCUGGAAGAAAUGAAAGAGGAAGCUGCUCACACACAGAGUCGUGUCACCAUCCAGGAUUUCUUCAAGAAACGCAGCUACAGGCAACCGAUCAUUAUUGUCCUGAUUGUUAGCCUGGGAAGCCAGCUCUCUGGAUUCAAUGCGAUAAUCAACUAUUCCACCAAAAUGUUUCAGGCCAAGUUUGACCAGGCCAAAUAUCUCACACUGGGUGUUGGGGCCGUCAAUCUGACGUUCACUUUGGUAGCAUUCUUCCUGAUGGAGAGGGCAGGGAGGAGGCGGUUGCUCCUGACUGGUUUCAUCUCCAUAGCAGUGUGCAACUUAAUCAUGACCGUAGUCGAUUCUGUCCUGCAUCUGGUCCCAGAACUCAGAAGCCUACAAGUGCUGCUGGUUUUCUGCCUGACUUCAGCCUAUGAGCUGGGCCCAGGUCCGAUCUCCUGGUUCAUUGCUGCCGAGCUGUUCGACCAGUCUGGCAGACCUAUAGCCAUGGCCUUCAGUAGCCUGCUCAACUGGGGAGGGAAGUUUGUUCUGGCACUUCUCUUUCCUCCAUUACUGAAAAUCUGUGGUGCUUAUGUCUACCUCCUUUUUAUGAUCGUGGCUCUGCUCGCCUUCACCUUCACCUGGAUUCGCCUCCCGGAAACAAAGGGUCGUACAUUUGAUGACAUCGCAGAGGAGUUCAGAGGAGCAGAGGGCAUCCCGUUGCACAAUAAGACUGUAUUCAACACUUUCACCUGA